GGUAAUUCACUGGUCCACAAGCGGUCUCCUUUACGUCGAAACCAAAAGACCCCAACAUCCUUGACCAAGCUGUCUUUACAGGAUGGAUAUAAAGUCAAAAAGCCAGCAUGUAAAUUUGAAGAGGGUCAGGAUGUCCUAGCUAGAUGGUCAGAUGGCUUGUUUUAUCUUGGAACUAUCAAAAAGAUAAACAUAUUGAAACAGAGCUGCUUCAUCAUUUUUGAAGACAGUUCUAAAUCCUGGGUUCUCUGGAAGGACAUCCAAACAGGCAGGAGCCACUGGAAGUGGGGAAAUGGUCUGUACAAUAUGUCAGGAAGAGUAUUCAGAAGCUCCCAAUGAAAUGGUUAUAUGUGAUAAGUGUGGCCAAGGUUAUCAUCAGUUGUGUCACACACCUCACAUUGAUUCCAGUGUGAUUGAUUCAGAUGAAAAAUGGCUCUGUCGACAGUGUGUUUUUGCAACAACAACAAAGAGGGGUGGUGCGCUUAAGAAAGGACCAAAUGCCAAAGCAUUGCAAGUCAUGAAGCAGACAUUACCCUAUAGCGUGGCAGACCUUGAAUGGGAUGCAGGUCAUAAAACCAAUGUCCAGCAAUGUUACUGCUAUUGUGGAGGCCCUGGAGACUGGUAUUUAAAGAUGCUACAGUGCUGCAAAUGUAAGCAGUGGUUUCACGAGGCUUGUGUGCAAUGCCUUCAAAAGCCAAUGUUAUUUGGAGACAGGUUUUAUACAUUUAUUUGUUCUGUCUGCAGUUCUGGACCUGAAUACCUCAAACGUCUACCAUUACAGUGGGUAGAUAUAGCACACUUAUGCCUUUACAACCUAAGUGUUAUUCACAAGAAGAAAUACUUUGAUUCUGAACUUGAGCUUAUGACAUACAUUAAUGAAAACUGGGAUAGAUUGCACCCUGGAGAGCUGGCAGACACACCAAAAUCUGAAAGAUAUGAGCAUGUUCUGGAGGCAUUAAAUGAUUACAAGACCAUGUUUAUGUCUGGGAAAGAAAUAAAGAAGAAGAAGCAUUUGUUUGGGUUGCGAAUUCGUGUUCCUCCUGUGCCACCAAAUGUGGCUUUCAAAGCAGAGAAAGAACCUGAAGGAACAUCCCAUGAAUUUAAAAUUAAAGGCAGAAAGGCAUCCAAACCUAUGUCUGAUUCAAGGGAAGUAAGCAAUGGCAUAGAAAAAAAAGGAAAGAAAAAAUCUGUAGGUCGUCCACCUGGUCCAUAUACAAGAAAAAUGAUUCAGAAAACUGCUGAGCCGUCUUUGGAUAAGGAAUCAAUUUCAGAAAAUCCUACCUUGGAUUUACCUUGUUCUAUAGGGAGAACUGAGGGAUCUGCACAUUCAUCUAAUACCUCAGAUGUGGAAUUCACGGGUGCUUCCAGUGCAAAAGAAACUACCUCGUCUAGCAUUGCCAGGCAUUAUGGUUUAUCUGACUCCAGAAAAAGAACUCGUACAGGAAGAUCUUGGCCUGCUGCGAUCCCUCAUUUACGGAGGCGGAGGGGUCGUCUUCCAAGAAGAGCACUCCAGACUCAGAACUCAGAAAUUGUAAAAGACGAUGAAGGCAAAGAGGAUUACCAAUUUGAUGAACUCAACACAGAGAUUUUGAAUAACUUAGCAGAUCAGGAGUUACAACUCACUCAUCUAAAAAACUCCAUUACCAGUUAUUUUGGUGCUGCAGGUAGAAUAGCAUGUGGUGAAAAAUACCGAGUGUUGGCUCGUCGGGUGACACUUGAUGGAAAGGUGCAGUAUCUUGUGGAAUGGGAAGGAGCAACUGCAUCCUGACUGUAGGACUGAACAUUAUGUUCACUGCACUCUCAUUUUCUAUAGGUACAGUUCAAAGCCCUAAAGGAGUCUGGCUUUUACUAUCUUUCUUAAAAAAA